AUGUUGUUCGAUCUCAAGCUGGAACAUCUAGCACGAGUUGGGUUUCCAGAAAAUAGCUAUGUUGGUAAUACCUCGAUGGGCUCGGAAGGAGUCAGCUCCAUCGCAACUGGGGCUAUCACACUGGCCAAGCAGGCAACUGAUAAAGUUGCAGAGAUGGCAAAGAUUGUCAACGACCUGAACACCUUCAAGAAAGAAACCACCGCCAAUAAUGUCAUCGUCAACGGUACUUUCGUCAAGAUAGCCAACAAGUUGAAGGGUAUCAUCAAAGAUACCACAGAUUCGGCAACAACUCUGUCAGAGAUGGAAGUACGCCUUGGCAAGCUGGAGUCAAAAACGGCCAAACCCCGCGAGCUGACUACCAAGGAAACUGAGAGUAUUACCCGCCUGCUUAUGCCUCAAAUCGAACAGGCCGUUCAAAAGGCACUUGCUGCUGCGCAAACUGAGUUUCCGCCCUCGACUCCAUCAAAUAUCACCAGACGAACACACUGCUGCCAGCCAGUAAUGCACUUACAGAAAAGCUUGGCCGUGGUCGUUUGA